UUUGUUUCAUACAUAUCACGACUCGAUUGGUGUACGUUCGAGUUUGUAUGGUCAUAUUCAAGUCGGUAAAUGCCUGCAUAAAAUUAAAUGUUUCAAAAACAAUUGAAAGCGUCGCUGACGGUGAUGCCGUAAACGGUGCGCAUUAAUAAUGCAAAUUGAGGAAAUUAAGCAUAAGAUUAUACACAUUCGUGAAGUUUACAAUUCAAUUGGAUAAUAUACUGGAUAUACAUGUAGUCUGAUUGACUGAAAUCCUCGAGUCAUGGCGGUUUAAUGAAGGGAAGCAGACGAUGUUAUAACGACACAAAGACAUCUAGCCUCAUUAUCAACGAGACAAAAACAUGGCCAAUAAAUCUUCAUCAAAGUUUACUCGGAUGUCAUUUUCUGACAUCGCAAUGAGAGAACAAAAGCGUCCACUUGGCAUUCUGGGUACCGGCGACUUUGCACGUGCCUUAGCAAAAAGACUCUACUUCUCGGGAUAUGAAAUCGUCCUUGGAAGCAGACGACCGGAAGAAAAGUCAUUUUCUGCGAUAGACGAGUGUUUAUGCAACAUGCGCCUUGUAACAACCGAGGAAUGUAUAAAAUCAGUGUCAAUAAUCUUCCUUGCUAUACAUGCUGAAAAUUACAAAGACUUGCUAGAAGAGCAUGCCGACAAGCUGGACGGUAAAAUUAUUGUAGAUGUUUCAAACCGCGACAGACCCAGCGAAACUCAAUCCAAUGCUGAAUAUCUUCAAAGACUCAUACCAAACGCUUCGGUUGUGAAAGCUUUCAACGUCAUUUCCGCUUACGCAAUGGAAAACGAUUACAAUACAAGCAGCCGACAGGUCUUUAUUGCCAGUAACAAUGAACUCUCACGAAAUGCUAUCUCAAACAUAGCAAGAAAUAUGAAUUUUACCCCUUUAGACUUUGGCGGGCUCUUUGCAGCACGCAGGAUAGAAAAACAUCCUUUAAGGUUGUUUCCAGACUGGCGAGGUCCAUGUGGAUUUACCGUUGCAGUAUUUAAUAUUUGGUUGCUGUAUUUAAUAUACAUUUAUUACAUUGAAAAGACAGUGUACCAGUGGGAACAAAUAUUUAUCAAAGUAAUGAACAAGGCUAUCUGUAUGACGGGGAUCACAAUUCUAUCAGUGACGUACUUAGCAAGCAGUUUUGCAGCAUCAUUACAGCUGUAUUACGGUACGAAGCACAUCCGGUUCUCAAGAUGGUUAGACAAAUGGCUAAAAAACCGGAAACAGCUUGGACUUGUUGCUUUUAUAUUGAUAACAAUCCACGUGAUGAUGUCGAUUUUAAUCAUGUCUCCAACAUAUCUUAGAUCAUGGUAUCAUUCUACAAAACUUGUCAUCCCGCAUAAUUUGACUGACGUACACGAAAUAAAUAAUAUAAACUGGAUGACAUGGAAAGGAGAAGCUGCGUGUUUAACAGGAAUAUUUGCCUUUAUUCUACUAUGCUUCGUGUGUGUUUCAACUUUACCGUCAGUAACCGACACAUUAAACUGGAGAGAGUGGCGUUUUGUGCAGUCAAAAAUCGGCCACGUGGCUCUAUUCUUAUCAAUUGUCCACGUAUUAGUAAUGGGCAUACCAGGUUGGGCCAAAAGUCCACUAAAGAUUUUUAAAUCCAUUACAUUCUUGUCAUCUAUACUACCGUGGACAACAAUUAUGUUAAAAAUCUUAUAUUCACUACCAUGUAUCGAUAGAUACCUAACAAAAAUUAGAAAAGGAUGGGAGCGUCAAGAGGAGAGAUGCCGCGGGAAAUGUGUCAGACCAAAGAAAGAAGGUUACGUCAUCAUGAACGCAGACGACAGAUCAGAUGCCAUUAGUGGUGUGUGUCCGUGUCCGGGAGAUACUGUACAAAUGGUUACAUUAGACACGACAAGUUGUGGGUGCUCAAACGGAGAUAUUGUGUAGAGAACUGAAUAACUUUAUUCAUUAAAGUACUUCCGGUUGUAGCUGAACUUUAAUUUUUUUUCUAAGUUAAACCUUAGUCUAUUGAAUUAACAGACUAUUUAAGUGACUUUUGUUUUCGAUGAUAGAGUUCAAACAGAUAAGGUGAAACAUGAACGGUUGUAAGCUAAUUUCUCAUCCAUUAUCUUCUUCCACGCAACCUGUCUAUACAAUAUUUUUAUCAUAAAUGCCACUGUAUUUAAUAUGUUUACUUGUUUUAUGAUAUCAAAAUAAGGAUUUAAAAUUCACUUGCUAGUUUAUUGUUAAAUGUAUACGUUGUAUACAUUUACGCAAUACUUGUUUUGUAUAGGAUGAAUAAUGCUAUUUCGCUAUGUUUGAAGGGACAGGGAGGGGCGGCGGGGUUAGUUGGGCAGGAUUGUUAGGAUGCUGAUUUCGAAUUUCUUGCCCUUUGCCACUGCGGGUCCACAUUCAGUCAGAGAAUUCCGGUAUGAUAAGGUCUUCCAGCUAGGUUAUGAAAGAUCGAUGGCUCUACUCAAAUGCCCGCUCCUGCCUGCCAGGCCUUAACAUUGAGGGUUCGAAUUUAUACUCAAUGAAACUAACAAAUCAUGUUUAAGGUUUCACAAACAUUGUAACUCUGAUCAGUUCUUUAUGUAGAAACAGAUGAUGUGAUUUAAUCUUAAAAUUUACAUUAAGCCUUAAUGAAGUUAUUCGUCAAUAAAAUUUUAGUUAAAUAAUCAGUAGAAGAUUUACAUGAGUCCAUAACAUAUAGUUGAGUGACUCAACCGUACCUUAAUUAUUGUUGAAUGCAAUGACAGGACAUCAGUACCAUCUGCUUUGUUUGUUUUAAUAAUGAAAUAAGUGAUUUUGUUGAUGUAUUAACAACUGCUUGAAUGGAACCUGUAACGGUGUUAAAUGAUUGAAUGGAACGGUGUUGGAACGGUGUUAAAUGCUUGAAUGGAACUGUGUUGGAACGGUGUUAAAUGAUUAAAUGGAACAGCGUUAAAUAAUUAAAUGGAACGAUGUUGUUACUAUAACAGCACAUUGAAAUUGUUUGAUCGACAGUUCCCAUUUCUAUCAUAAUUAUCUCACUUGAACAACGUGUCAGCCAUUUUGGCUCCAUCGCACUGUAUACAAUGUAUUUGAUAUAUGAUUAAAUGUUUGGAAGUGCAUAGUGAGAUGAUGAUAAAGGUGAAUUGUUGUUUGUUAUUUACAUGUCUGAAAAAAUUCUUUCAUAUUUUGUCAACUUACAUGAAGAUUAAACAUAUGCGAUGUUUUAAUUUUUACUUUUGUUAUUUAUCUUUAAAUCUUAUUUUCAUCAAAAUGGCAGUCACUAAACCUAAAGCAUUUUUUUGCGUGUGAAAAACAUCUAGAUUUACUUUCUAGUCUUAUAUAUUAUGAAAACAAAAGUAAUCAAUGUAAAACAAAACAGGAUA